AUGUCUCUCUCCAGCAAGCUUGGUAUCACCGAUGUCGACCUCAAGGACAAGAAGGUCCUGAUCCGCGUCGACUUCAACGUCCCCAUGGACGGCGACAAGAUCACCAACAACCAGCGCAUCGUCGCUGCGCUCCCCACCAUCAAGUACGCCAUCGAGAAGCAGGCCAAGGCGGUCGUCCUCAUGUCCCACAUGGGUCGCCCCGACGGCAAGCCCGUCCCCAAGUACUCGCUCAAGCCCGUCGCCGCCGAGGUCUCCAAGCUGCUCUCCAAGGACGUCGAGUUCCUGCCCGACUGCGUCGGCUCGGCCACCGAGCAGGCCGUCGCCGCUGCCGAGGGCGGCAAGAUCUUCCUGCUCGAGAACCUCCGCUACCACAUCGAGGAGGAGGGCAAGGGCACCAACGAGGCCGGCGAAAAGGUCAAGGCCGACGCCAACAAGGUGCAGGAGUUCCGCGCCAGCCUCACCAAGCUCGGUGACGUCUACAUCAACGACGCCUUCGGCACUGCCCACCGUGCCCACUCGUCCAUGGUCGGCGUCCAGCUGCCCCAGCGUGCUGCCGGUUUCCUGAUGAAGAAGGAGCUCGAGUUCUUCGCCAAGGCGCUCGAGAGCCCCGAGCGUCCCUUCCUGGCCAUCCUCGGCGGUGCCAAGGUGUCGGACAAGAUCCAGCUCAUCGACAACAUGCUCGACAAGGUCAACUCGCUCAUCAUCUGCGGUGGCAUGGCGUUCACCUUCAAGAAGACGCUCGACAAUGUCAAGAUCGGCACGUCGCUCUUUGACGAGGCCGGCUCGCACAAGGUGGCCGAGCUCGUCGAGAAGGCCAAGAAGAACAACGUCGAGCUCGUCUUCCCCGUCGACUACAUCACCGCCGACAAGUUUGACAAGAACGCCAAGACCGGCUCCGCCACCGACGCCGAGGGCAUCCCCGACGAGUGGAUGGGCCUCGACUGCGGCGAGCAGUCGCGCAAGCUCUUCCGCGACACCAUCACCAAGGCCAAGACCAUCCUCUGGAACGGCCCCGCCGGUGUGUUUGAGUUUGACAACUUUGCCGGUGGCUCCAAGGCCAUGCUCGACGCCUGCCUCGAGGCCGAGAAGAACGGCUCCACCGUCAUCGUCGGCGGUGGUGACACUGCCACCGUCGUCGCCAAGUACGGCGCCGAGGACGGCAUCUCGCACUGCUCCACCGGCGGCGGUGCUUCGCUCGAGCUGCUCGAGGGCAAGACGCUCCCUGGUGUCAAGGAGCUCUCGGAGAACGGCGGCCCAGAAGGUGUGGCGAGGCCGAGUCAGUGGAUCCGCGCUCGCUUUGGCCUGAGCCUCUGGCUCGGGCCUGGGCUUGAGCGCUGGGCCCGGGCGAGACCGCUUAUCAGCCAGAGCGGGCUGGGCAGGUCUUCUUCCCCUCUUGCUACAUCCAUCAUCCACACUAGACUACACCAGACGGGCACCCUCUCGUCACCAUCUCAAGCUCAGCCUCCUUCCAGCUCAAGCAGCACUCCAAGCACGCCACCCGCACGCUCGAAUCAGACCGCAAACAUGCCAGGACAGUCCGGAAAGGUGCUUUUGGCCUACUCUGGUGGACUCGACACGUCCACCAUCCUCGCAUGGCUCAUCGAUGAGGGCUACGACGUCAUCGCCUUCAUGGCCGACGUCGGCCAGGAGGAGGACUUCGAGGCCGCUCGCUCCAAGGCGCUCAAGUGCGGCGCCAAGGACUUCAUCCUCGCCGACCUCAAGCGCGAGUUCAUUGAGGAGCUCAUCUUCCCCGCUGUCCAGGCCAACGCCAUCUACGAGGACGUCUACCUGCUCGGCACCUCGCUCGCCCGCCCCGUCAUCGCCCGCGGCAUGAUCGAGGCCGCCGACAAGACCGGCUGCCAGUACGUCUCCCACGGCUGCACCGGUAAGGGCAACGACCAGGUCCGCUUCGAGCUCGCCUUCUACGGCCUCAAGCCCGACAUCAAGGUCAUCGCCCCGUGGCGCAUUCCCGAGUUCUUCAACCGCUUCGCCGGCCGAUCCGCGCUGCUCGAGUACGCAGAGUCCAAGGGCAUCCCCGUCACCCAGACCAAGGCCAAGCCCUGGUCCACCGACGAGAACCUCUUCCACAUUUCCUACGAGGCCGGAAUCCUCGAGGACCCCAACACCACCCCGCCCGCCGACAUGUGGAAGCUCACGAAGAGCCCCGAGACCGCCCCAGACACCCCCGAGAACAUCGUCAUCGAGUUCCAGCAGGGCAUCCCCUCCAAGGUCAAGGUCGCCUCCACCGGCAAGGAGCACACCGACCCCGUCGACGUCUUCCUCACCCUCAACCAGCUCGCUCGCGAGCACGGCAUCGGCCGCAUCGACAUUGUCGAGAACCGCUUCAUCGGCGUCAAGUCGCGCGGCUGCUACGAGUCGCCCGGUGCCACCAUCCUGCGUGCCGCCCAUCUCGACCUCGAGGGCCUCACGCUCGACCGUGAGGUGCGCCGAAUCCGCGACCAGGUCAUCACCACCAAGUUCUCCGAGCAGCUCUAUUACGGCUUCUUCUUCUCGCCCGAGUGCGAGUUUGUCCGAUCCUGCAUCCCGCAGUCGCAAAAGACUGUCAACGGUCAGGUCAAGCUCAAGCUCUACAAGGGCAACGUCAUCGUCGAGGGCCGCAGCUCCGAGGAGCUCCUGUACGACGAGAAGUUCACCUCCAUGGACGAGCAGGGUGGCUUCGACUCUGCUGCCACCAGCGGCUUCAUCACCGUCCAGGCCAUCAGGCUGCGCCGAUACGGUCUCGGCUUGACCGAGCGCGGCCAGGCCGGCUCCGAUCGCCAGACCGCUUACGCCAUCCGCAAGUAG